GUACAAGCGGGCCAGAGGCAAGGCCGUGCCUACAGAGCAGGGCACGGCACAGGCCAGAAGAAACUGGGACACAUCUCCUUCGUAACCCAGGGGUGAUCGGGAAAACUUGAUGUUCUGUGCACAGCAAAUGAUGGCAGCAAGUGCAGUUUCUUCACUUCUGCCUGAAAUGGCCAAGCAAAGCUCCCCGUCACUAGCUGAAGUUGUAAAGCAAGUUGCAGAGCAGCAGCAGUCACAGGUGGCAGAUGUGGAAAAAAGCAAAACGGUUCUUUUCCAAUUGCAGGUGAAGUGUCAGGAACUAGAAAAAGAAAUGAAUGCUAUUCUGUUAGAAACAAAGACAACAGAAAAGGAAAUACAUCUACAAGAUGAUGCCAUAGAAGUGACAAAAUACCAGUGUGAAAAUCUGGAGGCCCAAGUCAGAGCCCUGUAUUCUGAAAAUUUAAAAUUGAAGUGUGAUGCAGAAACAGUACAAGAGGAGUUUGAGACGAUACUUGCAAGAAAUAAUGAAUAUCGGGAAAAAAUAAAGGAUCAUAAACAUCUCUUUUGGGAGAUGGAAAGUAAAUUGCCAGUUAUGAUUGAACUUGCUAAAAAGAAAGCGUUUGUGGAAGAACUAAAGGCAAAGAAAGAGAAUUUAAUCUGUGAUCUCCAGAAUCCAGAAGGAUCUGUUAUAAAACAAGUGCAGGAAGAAAUCACACUUUUAAAAAGCGAAACCACAACAUUGAAAGAUUUAAUCAAUAAAAAAAGAGAUCUGCUGGAAGAAGAGAAAAGAAAGCAUGCUAAGCUUAGAAAAGAAAUUGAGGUACAGAAUAAGAGAUAUGAUGCUAUUUUAAAACGUUUGCAUUGCCAACUGAACAAAGUCCAUUCCAAUAAAAGACAAUGGCACUGGAACAUUCAGCAGUUGGAGAAGAAGGCUGCAGAACUAAGAAAGUGUCUUGAAGUAGCAGAGUUACAAAACAUCAUGUAACAAACUUAACAAAGCUAAAAUGCUCAUAAUCUUUUCCAGGCAGGGGAGCUUUUUCUGGAAAUGCUACAAAUCUCAAAUAGCCUGAUAAUUGGAUCAGGCCUCAGUGCUUUCUUUCUUUUUAAAGUUUUUCUCUUUCAUUUUGUGGUCUAAACUAAUAGCCACCAUAAUAAGUUAGCUUUUCAGGAAUACAGUUACUGACAC